AUGGUUUCCAUUCCGGCGUCGUUCCCCUCCAGUGUCGAGGACGAGACCGCAGGGCCGAGUAGGCCCUCGGUUACUUGGGAUCUGGAUUUGUACAAGGAUUACAAGUCUUCCUCCAAAGCGACCGCCAGUUCCGGCGCCACUGGGAACUUGGAUUUACGGCGCGACCAGCGCGGCGACCGCCAAGAAACCGGCCACGGGGUCCAGCCGAAGGUCUACUUCCUUCGGCCACAAACCUCACAGCCAUCGGUGUUCUUCAGUAUAAUGGAUUCCAGUGAAGCAGCAUUGAGCAAAUUUUUACCCAAGAGCCACUUAUCUCGGGUGAUUAUUCGUGACAACCUCAGUGCACAACGAAUCUAUGAGACAGAGGUAAAAGCUUCAGACAAGACCAAGAAAAAGAUGAGCCAUUUGUACGACCAUCUGAAAAAAAAGUUUUUGACAGACCAACUCAGAAAGCUGGGGUGCUGGAGACAGGAAUCCAUGAACAUCCAGCAGUACUUGGAUAAAAUCCGGACGCACAAGGUCCAGUCUUGCAAGAAAAGCCAUCCACCCUAG